AAAUUUUAGACAAAUGACAGGAAUUGAUGUAUGACAAAAUGACAAUGACAUUAUAAAAAUUGUGAGGUUAAUUUGAAUUUUUGUGGUUUGCACGUGUGUGGAAGAUUUUUUAUUUUCAAACAUUAAUGGAAAACCAAACAAAAUGACGAAGCUUUAUGUUUUAUUUGAACAUGCCGCGGGGUAUGGGGUCUUCAAAGUUGAAGAGUUUGAAGAAAUCGGAAUGUUGCUUCCGCAAUUGGAAGCCGCAGUGUACGAUAUAAGUCGAUUUAAUAGCAUCGUGAAACUUGUUGGAUUUUGUCCAUUUAGGUCAGCUGUAACAGCCUUGGAAAAUGUUAAUGCUAUUUCCGAGGGUAUUCUUCCUGAAGAGCUACAACAAUAUUUAGACGUAACCAUUCCCAAGGGCAGCAAAAAGGACAAAGUUACUUUGGGCGUGAGUGACCCAAAACUAUCUGCUGCCAUUACUGAAGCUCUGGGGAUUAAUUGUAGCCAUAUUGGUGUAGUUCCAGAAGUUAUAAGAGGUAUACGUGCACACUUUCAUCACUUAAUCAAAGGUUUUACCUUAAAAAGUUCAGGAGUUGCCCAAUUGGGUUUGGGACAUUCAUACUCACGUGCUAAAAUAAAGUUCAAUGUCCACAGAGUAGAUAAUAUGAUUAUUCAAUCUAUUGCCCUAUUGGAUCAACUUGACAAGGAUAUUAACACCUUUUCCAUGAGGAUCAGAGAAUGGUAUUCCUAUCAUUUCCCAGAGUUGGUGAAAAUUGUACCAGAAAACUACACAUAUGCCAAGGUAGCACAAUUCAUUAAGAACAGGAAACUUCUUUCAGAAGAAUCUCUGGAAGCUCUAGAAGAACUCACAAUGGACUCUGGUAAAGCUCAGGCCAUCUUAGAUGCUUCAAGAUCUAGUAUGGGAAUGGACAUAAGUGACAUAGAUUUACUGAACAUUGAAAUGUUCGCUACUAGGGUUGUAUCUUUGUCAGACUACAGAAAGCGGCUAGCAGAAUAUUUAAGGACCAAGAUGUCAGAUGUAGCUCCCAAUCUCGCAACAUUGAUUGGAGAUCAAGUUGGUGCUAGGUUGAUUGCUCAUGCUGGUUCCCUUACUAAUCUUGCUAAGUAUCCAGCUUCUACAGUUCAGAUUUUGGGUGCUGAAAAGGCUUUGUUUAGGGCACUGAAAACAAGAGGAAACACUCCGAAAUAUGGCUUGAUCUUCCACUCCACAUUCAUAGGACGUGCUGGCACCAAAAACAAAGGUCGUAUUUCAAGGUACCUUGCAAACAAAUGCUCAAUUGCAUCUAGAAUAGAUUGCUUUUCAGAACAGCCGUCACAAGUGUUUGGAGAAAAACUUCGGCAGCAAGUCGAAGAUAGGCUAAAAUUCUAUGAAAGUGGUGAUAUUCCCAAGAAAAACAUCGAAGUAAUGAAAGAAGCUAUAGAAGAGUAUGAGCAGCAAGUAGCACAAAUCAAGUCUGAGAAGAAGAAGAAAAAGAAAAAGAGGAAGUCAGAAGCUGCAAAUGAGACUGUUGAGGAUGCAGAAGUUGAAUCGUCAGAACCUAAAAAGAAGAAAAAGAAGAAAUCUAUCUCAUUGGAUGAUAGUCAAGCUUCAGAAUUGAAUGGAACUGUUGAGGGUGAAGAGAGUCCAAAAAAGAAAAAGAAGAAGUCUAUUUCUUUGGAUGAUAGUCAAGCUUCAGAAUUGAAUGGAACUGUUGAGGGUGAAGAGAGCCCAAAGAAGAAAAAGAAAAAGAAGAAAAAUAAGGAACAAGAUGAAUAGGUUCCUAUUAUGUAGUUAUUGAUUUAGGUAUUCUUUAUUACAUAAAAUCAGAAAUCUAAGCCGUUUAGUAUAUAAGUAUAUGAAUUUUAGAAAUUAGUAUAAAAAUUUAUUAUUAAAGCUUGAUUUUAUAGCUUGUUUGUGGGAAGGGAGUAUUGAGUUAGCCUCAUUGUAUCUUUUUUGAUCUUAUAUUUUCAAUAUAUAUAUUAUUGUAGAGUAUUCUACGUGUAUAUAGUUUUCGCUCUUCAGUCAGUGAAUGGCCACAUACCGCAUAUUAACUUACGAUUUUAUAUAUGUCCCAACACAGUGGCAGAUACAAAAAACCAAUCAUCAGCUGCUUUGGAUACGUCUGCAUCUGGAACGCCACAAACAUCUUCACUGCCAAAACCUUCCUAUCCGCCAACAUCUGAAAUGGUGAACAAUGUUCACCUCAAUGUCUCACGGAAAGAGGUGGUUGUUCUCUUUAAGCUAUCAAAAAAUAUAUCGCUAAAAAUUACAAAGUUAAUGCGGAAAAAGUUGCACCGUUUAUCAAAAAUAUUUAAAAGCUGCAGUUGCUACUGGAUCAUUGGUGCAGACCAAGGAAAGGGAGCAUCAGGAUCUUUUAAGUUAGCGUUGACCUCCUCGUCGUCUUCUGAAUCUGCCAAGCCUAGUUCAGGAGCAAAAAAAAAAGAAAGUUGGAGGAACAACUAAACCGAAGAAAACUGUCGUCGCUACCAAACGUUCUGCUACAGGCAAAAACCUAUAAAUAAAGUGACUAAGACUAAGAAACUGCAUCAAAGACAUACAAGGACAGAGAAAAAGCCGCAAAUACGAAGAAAGUUAAAAAGAAGUCAUCACAUAAAACUGCGUUUUCAUCCGCAGUUCCGACUUCCGCGUAGGCCAAAGUAACCAAAACACCAACCAAGGCGAAGAAAUCAAAUAAGGGCAUGACAACGAAAAAGCCAAGGCUGCCGCAAGUUCACCUAAAGCUAGAAAAGCUGCUGCUCCUAAGAAGAAGUAAUCGGGCCAAUGGAAUAUCUUUAAACAAUUAUUAGAGUUAUUAAAAACAAUUAAUUUUUCUAACAAAACAAGCUAGUUUUUCUCGUUUUCUAACGGCUGGAACCUUUCAGCAGAGUGUCUUCUACUUAUUUUUAAUAUAUUCAGUUAUGUUACAGAAAAGAUGGUUUUGUAUAAUAUUGAGAAAAAUCAAUGUGGUCUAUUAUUAUUUUUCUAUUAAUCAACGGCUUUCAAUGAUUGUAGUAGUGCAAAUUCUAUAUAGAAACUAGUAAGUUUUAAGCAACUUUUGAUGUAAUUGAGAAUUUUGGGACUACUGUUUUGAUGUUUCAAAGAUUAUCUACGUCAAUGUGCUAAUAUUUUUAUACUAUGUAAGUUUAUAUACUAUAAAUAGGUAAGAAAAUGAUUUUAUGCAUUUGUUGUAAAAUAAUAUUCAAUUUUGAAUCAACAUAAUUAAAUGUUUUGUUAGGUUAUUUUAUGUUUGGAUUAAAAUAAAAACCUUUUUUUAUGA